UUGUCCAAUGUGUGGGAAAGGCUUUGCCACAAAAUGGAAGUUGGAUACACAUAUGCGAGUUCACACUGGAGAACGCCCUUUCAGAUGCAGUAUAUGUGGAAGACAGUUUAACCAGAAAAGCAACUUGAAGAGACACCAGAUACAGUUACCCAGAAAGAAAAUUACAUCAUUUCAUCAUCAGUCAGUGACGUCAUUUGAUAGUAUGCCAAUCAAAACCUUUGACUGUUUGGUGUGUGAUUAUUUACUGGACAACAUUCUGAAUUCUUCGGGGGUUUCUCAAGAUGCGGAUCGGAUCAGAGUGUACGUUUGCAAGAUUUGCGGGAAAGCAUGUCCCUCCCAGUGGAAAUUAGAUCGACAUAUGCACACGCAUACUGGAGAACGGCCUUACGAAUGUGAAGUGUGUGGGAAACGUUUUACACAAAAGAAUGCUGCUUGGCCCUCUACUUCUGAGCUGCCCAUGACGAUAAAUGACAACAGUAUCAGUUUACCCGGAAUGGUCGCUAAGUCUUGUCAUUUAUGCGGAAAGGUAUUUUCCUCGAAUUGGAGUCUAAAAAGACAUAGCCGUAUACAUACUGGAGAACGUCCAUUCGUUUGUUCACUGUGCGAUAAACGCUUUAUAGAGAAAUGCAAACUGAGAGCACACAUGUUGACACAUCUUCGGCUAUUACCAUAGUCAUUACUGCAAUCUAAGUGUUUUACAUUCAUAACCAUUACUCAGACUCACACUUGCCUCGCAAACUCGACAAAUCUAAUCUUCUGUGUGUAAAGGUUGACUGUUGGGCAGUUUCAACAGAUGGAUGCAGAGUGAAUCGCGAGGCUUGUUUGGUAACUUUCAACAAAAUGCGAUUCAUUGAAAUACACCAGAUAAGGAAAAAAGUAAUGCGUUGUUGAGUCGGAGAAAUGUCUUUGAAUAUAGCCCAUACUCACUGAAUGCAAUCAACGUUCAGUCAAAUUGCCCAGCAAUCUACGUGCCUAACGGGGGCUCCCGUGGCCAAGGGGUUAUGAAUCAAUCGCCCCACACCGCUGUUAGUUUGAAACCUCGUUUACAGUGUUGGAUUAUUCCUUGUGAAGAAGCAUCAAGUUGGUUUACGUCACGCUGAAGGCUCUACCGUCUCUUUCACCGUCUAAAGCUGGAAUGUCGACAUAUGACCUAAAAUUGUGCCGGUGAGAAAUACAAAGAAAAAACCCUUUCCCUGUCGAAAUCAGAAAUUCCAACCCAACUCACUGACUGUUUUUACUUUUUGUUAAAUCUCUCAUUAUUUCAUGUAUGGACCUACAGGACAUUAAACUGGUAACACAGACGAGCACACAGUGCUAACAGUUGUUAUAGUAGAGGGUCCACGGACAUUGAACUUGUAAUGCAGACGGACGGACAUACUUCAGAUGUCAAGAAGAAAGAAGGAACAGGAAGACCCACAUAGACAGACAGAGAUGGAUUAUAGCUCUGUAUGACAGAGAUGGAUUAUAGCUCUGUAUGAGGACAUCUGUCUGUUGUUAUUAACAUAAUUAUAUGAUGUUUUAAUCGUGUAUAUUCAUAUUUCUUGAGGGUUCCUUCAUGAAGGUAAGAGUGAGGGAGCUUUCAAACUUCAAUCAGACAACUGCAAGCUUCACUCGAUGUAUACUUAAAGGAUUCUCCCUGAAAUUGGAGUCGAGUGUUGGGUCGGGUAACGUUUUACUUCUAGAUCCGAGGUUAUUAACUAAGACCGGAGACCAGCCUCAGAAUGCAGCCAUGCCAUUGGUCAAUACCACACGCCUGCCUAGAGACAACCAAUCAGAGGCUCGUUUGCUGUGACUGGUCCCCAAAUAGUUCUAAAACCUAUGACACUGGCGCCAAAGACAAUCGUUGUAUUAUAAAUAUGCAUGGUAUUUCUUUUUUUGUGUGUUGCUGUAUUUGUAAAUAAACAGUAUCUGUAUA